GUUUUUGUCGUCUCUCAAACAACUCUAAACAAUGGCGGCACUCAAAGAAGUAGUCAAUAAAUCGCAAGUUUUAAAGCAAGAAUGGAAUAAAUCUUCACACAAUCUUAAAAAAUGUGAAGAAUUAUUAAGUCAACUAAAGAUUGCUCUUACAAACUUGACAUUUUUGCCAACAAAAGGCUCUGCUUCCAAGGAAGAAUUGUUGAUAGCAAGAGAUGUUCUGGAAAUUGGAGCACAGUGGAGCAUUGAAAGUGAAGAUAUUCCAUCUUUUGAACGUUAUAUUGCACAAUUGAAAUGUUAUUAUUUUGAUUACACAAGUCUGCCAGAAUCUGCAUACAUGUAUCAACUUCUGGGACUCAAUCUUCUUUUUUUAUUGUCACAAAAUAGAGUAGCUGAAUUCCAUACUGAAUUAGAACGACUCCCUGUAGAUUGUAUUCAAACAAACAUUUACAUAAGACAUCCAUUGAGCUUGGAACAAUAUUUAAUGGAAGGUUCUUACAAUAAGAUUUUUCUUGCCAAGGGGAAUGUACCUGCAGCAUCAUAUAACUUUUUCAUCGAUAUUUUACUAAAUACUGUUAGGAAUGAAAUUGGAGCUUGUAUGGAAAGUGCUUUUGAAAAGAUCUCUAUUAAAGAUGCUGCACGCAUGUUAAAUUUAAAUACAGAAAAAGAAACAGUGCUAUUUUGCAACAAAAAGAAGUGGAUGUUUGCUAAAGAUGGUUACCUGUAUUUUGGAGAACCAAAUGAAAAGAAAAUUGAAGAGCCAGUACCAAGUACUGAUUUGGUUACUCUUACAAUUGAUUACGCAAGAGAACUGGAAAUGAUUGUUUAAAGUGAUUUUAUUUAUGAACGUCAAACAAAUUUUGAAUAAAUUAUUUAUUAGAAAAUUA